AUGGCUCUCUACGACAAUCAACACUGGCUCCUAUCGCACAUUAGGGACAGUUUCCUUUCCACGGACGACACAGGUGUGCUUCUGAAUCUAGGUAUGUGCGAAAUGGUGAUGCUCGGAGAAGAUAUUCCCAAGCAAUUGAAGGCGAACGGAAUACUGCAAUGUUAUCCUGGCAUGGAAGAGAGCGAUGACGAUGAGGAUCUGGAUGCGCUAGCGGAAUCCUACGAUAUACAAAUGGAUAUGGAAUUCAGCCACAGACAGAGAUCCAACACUGCACAGAGGCUAGAGAAGAUGGAUAUAGAGAGGAAGAAGGCUGCCAAAGUCAAACACGUCAAGUGGGAGCACAAUCCUAAUGUUAUCGCAUGUAAAGACCCAACGGAAUUGUUUCAGAGAAAGGACUUCCGUAGGAAGAUGCCGCUGAAAAGAGGACAAUCUCUCCUGUCAGAGCAGCUUGAGAAAUGUCCGAAUUUACCGCAUAAUUCGUUCAAGGAAUACGCCAAGUUCGAUGGCAACGCGCUGGUGGGCGUGCCCGUGAGGAAAUAUAGGAUAUUCAUGUGCAUGCUGCCGAGGGAAGAGAGAAUAUAUCCACUGCAAGUGAUGGUGACGGCGUCCGCGCGGGUGUUGGACUUUGUCGGAUUGAUUUGCUACAAAUAUGCAAGUGAACAUCCCGAUCAUAAUUUGAAGGAGGACAUCUCGCGCUACGGCCUGUACAUCACCGAGGACGACGGCGAGGUGGAUUGGGCGUUCCCCUGCCUAGACCCGCGGGAGACCAUCUCCAAAUUCGAGUUCACUACGCUGGGUCUGAUCGAGAUGAAGCCGAGCGACCGGGCGCGACACAACACGAUCAGCUGCAUCGAGAGGAAGGACGAAGAGGACCUGGAGGGUAAAGACAAGGAGCAGGAGGAAGUCGCGAACGAUUUGGCCAAGAUGGAGGGUCACACCACUGCGAUGGAAGCACCACUGUAUCAAUCGUAUAGGGUGCACAUAAUUAACAAGAUGCGAGCGAAAACUGAGAUACACCUGGGAAUUUCGGGAGAGAAGAUCGAGAUAGAUCCAGUGAUAACGGGCAAAGGAGCGGCGAGAUUCUGGAACAGGCAGCGCGCGGUCAGCUAUCACAUCGACAACAUCGCCUGGUGCGAAGUGACCGAGACCAAAGGAUCGAAAACGAUGUUCACACUGGUUUAUACCCCUCAGUCCAGCGUUCCGGACAGUUUUCUGAGCCAGAGUCACUCGCUUCAUCAGUCGGCCUCGUUUAAAAAUCACGACUUCGAGGCGGAUUCCGUAACGGCCGAGGAGAUCGUGCGGAAGAUCAAUCACAUUUUGGAGCUGCACAGCAGCCACUCCAGGAAGGAGUACCUCGCGCAGAAAGAGAGGAAGGCGGCAAGGAGGAAGAGUUUUCAUCUACACAGAUGACAACUCUACUGGCUAUUCUGCGCGAUUCUCGACUACCUAAAGCAUUGAGCGGUUACACCCUGCGGGGCAAGACGCGAUCAAGGAUCACCGAGCUCCAGAAAUGCCCUCGAUGUACGAUCGAGUCGGCAUUUAUGGAGCUCGUUGAUAAUCCAGAAUCGAAGGAAACUAGACGUGGACGUAGUCCCCCGUAUUCUGUGAAUGUAAAGUUUAAUUGUAUGAUAUAUCGGUAAAUUAUUUCAUAUUUAUUAUGCACCUCGUCUCUGUGAAUCAUGGACGUGCACCAUGAAUCCAAUCAUCACACGCAAUAUGUAUUGUACAAUCAAUCGUGUGUAGUGUCGUCGUAUUUAAUUAUAAUUUAAAUGUUAUUUAUAUUUUUACUACGAAGUUCUCCUAUUAUGUGUGUGUGUGUGUGUGUGUGUGUGUGUGUGUGUGUGUGUGAGAAGUACGGUAGUAUUGCAAGAAUAAACCAAUAAUACU